AAAUAACGAUGAUGAAACGCAUUGUAAACCUUGGCCUUUUGUUUGGAGGUUGGUGAGACUGCAAAAUCGGAACGAGCAUCCCCACAAAGUGAAGAAAAGAGAAGUUGUUUCUACAGCUUUCGCGAGUCAAGUGUGGGGUCAGAAUUCAGAAGAGAAAAAACCUGAAUCAGCAAAUCCAAUCCAAAACCGGUUAUCGGAAUCGAAGUUCAAAGAUUACCAAAUCCGUGACUGCUAAUCAGAGCAGUGAGCCAAAGCUGCGAAUUUAAACUUGGUUGCAUGCGAAGACCCCGAAAUAUGAGACCAAACAUCGUUUCCCAGGCAGGGUUGCCUACUAGGAUGAAUCAAUGGUGGGAAAGCAUUCCAUUUCUCACUUCUGCAGUGGUGGUUGUCUGUGGAGUCAUUUACUUGGUUUGUCUUUUGGUUGGAUACGAUUCCUUUGCUGAGGUUUGCUUCUUGCCAUCUGCUGUUGUGUCACGGUUUCAAGGUUGGAAUGUAGGAUCAUGCUGUCCCGGUCACGAGUUAUGAGGUUCCAAACCCCUUCCUGAUCCCGAGUGAAAACUUGACUUUAACAACCUUGCUUUUUUUUUUUCAGUUUACAGGAUUUAUACUUCCAUUAUCUUCCAUGGUUCACUGCUUCAUGUUCUCUUCAACAUGAUGGCUUUAGUUCCCUUGGGGUCUGAGCUGGAGAGGAUCAUGGGCUCAGUUCGCUUGCUAUAUGUCACUAUUUUGUUGGCUACAAGCAAUGCCAUAUUUCACGUGCUCAUAGCACUGCUGGUGGCGCACAAUCCUGUUCUUACAUAUGAUUACCUCAUGAAUGAGUGUGCAAUAGGCUUCUCAGGAGUUCUAUUUUCAAUGAUUGUUAUAGAGACAAGCUUGAGUGGAGUUCAAUCCAGGAGUGUUUUUGGAUUGUUUAAUGUGCCUGCCAAGUGGUAUGCAUUCUUUUUGCUGGUAGUAUUCCAGCUUCUCAUGCAAAAUGUUUCACUACUUGGGCACCUUUGUGGCAUUUUAUCUGGGUUUGCAUAUACAUAUGGAUUGUUUAAUUUCCUCAUACCUGGAACCACCUUUUAUUCGUCUAUUGAAUCCUCCUCCUGGUUUUCUUCAUGUGUGAGACGUCCAAAAUUUAUCGUUUGCACGGGUGGAAAUCCUUCAGGUUAUAUUCCUACACAUACAAGCCAAAAUUCAACAAGUGGAUUGCUUUCUGGAAAUAUUUGGAGGAACCUGUCUUCAUUGAUGCCUCAAAGGGAAGUGUCUACUCAGUCAACUGAGGACAGUAGGUUCCCUGGGAGGGGAAGGACCCUUGGUUCUGGUCAAGGUCAAGCUCCUUCUCAUCUUCAUUCAGAUUCAAAUCUUCAAGAAAGACUUUUGGAUGAUAGUAGUCCCAAUAGUCCUUUAGUUUCAUCCACUCCUAGUAACACUCAUCAGUUAUCAGAAGGAAGGCAUUCAGCUGUGAAUGUAGCUCCAACGACUGCUGUUCCACAGCACCAGGGUGCAGUCGUUUCGGAAGAAGGGAUUAAAAAACUUGUAUCAAUGGGCUUUGAUAGGACGCAAGUGGAAGUGGCGCUUGCAGCUGCUGAUGGUAAUCUCAAUGUUGCAGUGGAAAUACUCAUGAGCCAGCAGAGUUGAAAAGAAAACUUCUGUUGGAUUCUCGUAGAGACUUCCCUGACACUGUUAGUUGAGUAUGUCGCUGCACUUUGUUCAAUUACUGUCUGUUUAAUCUUUGGAACCUACCUACCACUAACAGUUCGUUCACACCACAUAACCAUGCUAACUCCAAUUAAGCAGAAUUGAACAUAUGUAAAUUACACAAGCAAUAUCAAGGAAUAUGAUGUUUAAUUGAAAAAUUUAAACAUUUGGUUGUGCUUUGA